AUGGGGGGGAGUUUUUGCGCGCAGAUCAAGCCCCGGAUGGGGGAUAUUGCGGGCUGGGCGCAGCUCUUCUUCGACAAUCUCGCGACGCUGCUCGCCGUGAUUGGCAGCAUCAAGCUCGUGCUUUCCGGCUUUUACGACGGCAUGCCGCCAGAGGACACCGUCCCGGGUCUCGCCUGCACCAUGUGCUAUGGCAACCUGUACUACGCCCUGAUGGCCAUCCGGCUGGGCAUGAAGGAGGACCGCAACGGCGAGGUGACGGCACUCCCCUUUGGAAUCAACACGCCCGGCGCGUUCGCAUUCAUCUUCGGCGUCUUAUCGCCGGCCACCAUGGCAUGCUCAUUCGGAUCCCCAACUUUCCCCAAUGGCUGCUCGCCACCCGAGGACCUCGGGAUUACCCUCACAGACGAGGAGUAUGUGACGUGCUGGACUGAAGCGGCGACCGAGGGCUGGAAGGCCGGCGUGCUGAGCAACCUGAUGUGCGGCUGCAUCUGCAUAGUGCUCGGCCUAUUCGGCUCCCUGAUCGUGCUCCUCACGCCCACCUCGGCCAUGCUCACCUCGCUCGCCGGCAUCGGCUUCGCCUUCCUCGGCUUUGCGCAGGCAGCCAACAACUUUUCGGAGCCGCUCGCCGGCUUCCUUCCGUUCUUCAUGUGCAUCGCGCUCUUCUACGGCAACGUCAACACGGGGUGCUUCCCGCAGGCGCUCAUGAUUGCACUGACUGGUAUCGCGCUCGGGUGGGCCGACGGCAUCGCAAACGUCGACGGCAUCAAGGCGGCGAGCUCAGAGGUCAAGUGGCGCGGCGUCUCUUGGGGGUACGAUGCGUGGACCGACUGGACGCACGCCACUGAGUAUCUCGGCACGCUGAUCCCGGUCGCCUUUGCGGCGUCGGCCAACUCGCUCAUGAAUGUCCUCUCAGCGGCGGAGGCCGGUGACUCGUACAACGUGAUCGAGGUGAUGUGCAGCGACGGCUUUGGCGCCUGCAUCGCCGCCUUUCUGGGCACGCCGUUCGGCACCAGCGUCUACAUCGGCCACCCGGCGUACAAGAAGAUCAACGCGGGCGUCUGCUACGCGCUUCUCAACUGCACGCUCUUCAUGGUUUUCGCGCUCUUCAGCGUCUUCGCCGUCAUCGCGGCGGCGGUGCCGCUGCCCGCCGUCUGCCCGCUCAUCUUCUUCGUGGGCAUGAUGAUUUGCCAGGAGGCAAUGGCCAGCAUGCCCACGCGCCAGUACCCGGCCUUCAUCAUCGGACUCUUCCCCUCCACCCUCGACUGGGCCAUCACGAGCGGCGUCAACCACGGCGGCAUCGGCACCAACGCCUACUUCGGCCUCGCGGCCCUCAAGCCGGGCGCCAUCUUGCUGUCGACCUUCCUGUGCGCCAUCUCGAUACACUUCAUCGACCGCAAGUACAGCGCCGCCAUGGCGUGGUGCAUCAUGGCGGCGAUCCUCUCCGCCGUGGGCCUCCUGCACCAGGACGGUGUGGCAGCCAGCAAAGAGGCCUGGGAGUUAUGGCUGGAACCGUCCGGCAUGUUGUACUGCGAAGAGAAUUGCGCCCCUGGUUCACCGGAGCCGCCGGAGUUCUUCACCAAGACGGUGAAAUGGCGCUUCUCUGCUGCGUACGGCACCGUGGCGGUGAUGGCCAUCUUCCUCUGGAUGGGCCAGUGCUGCGGCCUCGUCGACCCACCGAUCGUCGACGAGGUUGGCGACGCGGACGAGACGAAGAAGUCGCAGAUCCAAAACUCGAUCCGCAGCGCGAGGGCGUCGGGCCGCAUCUCCAAGGCUCCGUUCUCGGAACGGCAGGGCUCCAACGCCUCCGCAAAGGCCAUGGCCUGA